GUUACGUAAUAUUUUUACAGUGCAACCUUGAGUGUAUAAAUGCUCUGAUCGCAUUUGGUCUGGUACCAGCUAAUAUCGCUGGCCGGGCUACAUUUUAGACGUGCUAUAAUUGGUAUGCACGUUAGGGGUUAAUACGUUAUUUGAGGUAUACUAGUGAGCUAUAUUCUAUAAUGUCGCGUCGUUACGAUACUAAGACUACUACCUUUUCUCAGGAGGGUCGUUUGUAUCAGGUGGAGUACGCAUUAGAGGCCAUUAACAAUGCGAAUUUGACUGUUGGUUUGUUGUGUGACCUCGGUGUAGUAUUGGCUGCUGAUAAACCAAUCAGUACUCCACUACUAGACCCUGGUAAGAUAAAUGAGAAGUUGUACAAGUUGGAUUCUCACAUGUUUUGUGCUGUUGCUGGUUUGACUGCUGAUGCCACUGUAUUGAUAAACACUUGCAAGCUGUAUGCUCAGAGGCACAGGUACGCUUACGGCGAGCCUCAGGAUGUUGAGCAGCAUGUUGUACAGAUAUGUAAUUUGAAGCAGAGUUACACUCAAUUUGGUGGUUUACGUCCAUUUGGCGUUAGCUUUUUAUUUGCUGGUUGGGACAGUCAUUUAGGUUUUCAGCUUUAUCACACUGAUCCCUCUGGUAACUAUUCUGGUUGGAAGGCUACUGCCAUAGGUCACAACAGUCAGCCAGCUCAAUCCAUGUUACGUCAGGAGUGGAAGGAAGGUAUGAACCUUGAUGAGGCCUUAUAUUUGGCCGUUAAGGUGCUUACUAAAUCUAUGGACUCUACUAUGCCAAAAGCUGACAAGAUUGAGGUUGGUAUGUUAUGGCGCGGUCCUAAUGGCGACGGCGAGCCUACAGUUGAGAUGGUUUCGGAGUCUCGCGUUGCUGAGAUACUAUCUAAGUUGACUGAUGAAGCAGCUGCCAAGGCUGUUGAGUCAGGCCACUCGAUAUGAUAUCGUAACAUUUUCAUU